AUGACAACCUACAUCGUUGGAUUUAUAUGCGCAUUAGUAUUGGCUCUUGUACUGGUUGUGUGGAUAACGUACUGCAUGUUUUGCAAGGAGAAACACAAGUCGGAGAUUUAUCAGUAUAACAUAUCAGAUUUGCGACGCAAUAAUUAUGAAAUUGCGCAAGAUCACGAGGAAAAGAAAUGCAAAGAAGUAACAGCUGGUAUAUUUAUUCUUCCGUCUCGACACAAAGAAAAAGAUGACAGCUAUAUAAAAAGGCCAGAUUAUCCGGAGGGACCAGUUUCAAAUCUACAGCCGAGGACUGAACAAUUGAUAGAUAUUAUCAAUGACAGUCCAUCUGACAAUGAGGAUCGAAGGUGUGUCAAUUUCAAUAUAGAGUCAAACGCUCAAGGCCAAAGUGACGUAUGA